GUCCUGCAGGAUCAGUGAACAAUAUGUAAGAAAUGAGUUUAGCGAAGGGCACAGGAGCAAAAUCCACUAAAUCAGGCUAAUCUAAUCUAAACGGCAUUAUCACGAUUUUCCGGGUCCCAACAGAGCCUUCUCCUCGUGUUCUCUAAUUACACUCGUGUAGCUGCCAGGUGGAAGAGGGAUUGCUUCGUGCACUCGUCGACCCUUUCAGUCUUUCCAUUGUCGUUGUAGGGCUUCAUUGCUUUCAACGAUGUCGCAGUAAACUUGUGCUAGGACCAUCCUCUACGUUUGGGCUGAUCGCUACACAUGGGCCCUCAUAUGGUUGUCUAUACGCACCAACAUACUGUCCUUCCCGAGGCUCUCCCUUCUAACCCAUCAGCUACGAGAUCCACUCGCUUCUCACUAUCUUGUGCUCUCCCGGGUUUUUGCAUAUCUCCCUCUGCGGGUUCAUCGACAUCUUGUUUAUCAUCUAGCUACAACGUCUGCUCGAGCUGUGAUCUAUUGCAGUCAUCGACGCCACACUAUCCUUCCUGGGGCAAUUUUUCGCGGGAUUAUCCCUCGCCACCUCUCACCGGAAACGCCUUAAAGCAUUCCGUAUCUUUACCAGACAUUGACGGCGGAGCCAGUAUGGACUAUGAUGCCGUCCAGGAUGUGCGACCUGGCCAGGGAACGUGUGAUGCGCUCGAUCAGGCAGGACCAUCAUCAUCGUAUAGAGAUGUGGCGUCCGUGGCACGCGAACCUAUUUCACCCCCACUGACAGUUCCUAUGAACUCGAAAGAGCUGCCUGAUCUUGAUACCUCUGUGGCGGGUUUACACCCAGCAUUCGACGCGCAGUCCAGAUCGGAAUUUUCGCCGUAUGACCACGACGAUACGUCGAGUAUUGACUGGCACAGCGAUGGCACUCUCCUCGAUUGGGCUUCGCCAACAAGUACGCUGCUGGAUCACUCAGAUCUUGCGGCGAGCACAUCCAGUGGCAAAACAGGCUUUUUCGAUAUACAUACUUUUGGAUCAACACCGUUUCGCGAUCUGGAGUCUGAGCCACCACCAGGCUCUCUGGCUGAUCCUUUGUCACUCAUUCACCAUGAUUCAGGACGGCCGUUGUGGCAACAGCCUAACGGUUUUGAAGAUGCCAUGGAUCUUGACCCUCUACCUCUUACGCCACCUUCGCCACACUCGGACGCCUUUUGUUUACCGCCUCCUCAACCAUCCUCAAUUCAAGCAUCUGGAGUCUGCAGUUCGUUAGAAAAUCAUGGUUUCUUUCCUUCAUCGCCUUCACGCAGGUACCAUUCCUCACUGCCGGAUUUCGACUCGCCAGAUCUUGGAUUUAUGACACCCGUGCCUCACUCACCUCGGGGACCCUAUUUGACCCUGCCUGACCUGGAGAUGGCAGAUGAACGGUUUCCGCCGUCGUCGCCAUUGUCGCCACAAAUCGAUCUUCCCUCUUUCCCAGGAUCCGAAGCUUUCGAUCAACCGGUGACAACGAUUUCUCCAUCUCUUCUAGGCCCACCUCCUCCUUCGGAGGAAGAGGGUCUAGGGUUGUUCGUACGUCCGUCGGCUGUUGAACCGCCGUUGGCCAGGUCGCCAUCUCCCGAUCAAGAUGACUUCCGUUUUCUUGAUGUUCAGCUGGAUCCUUUAUCAUCGAACUUGGACAACGACGAAUUUCUUCAGUUGCGAGCGCUGCGAAAUCGUGCAUUGGACGCUGAGCGUGCGGCGCGACUUCGUGAAGAGUAUCUUGCCGAGCGCGUGGAAAGUGCCUCACAUGCCCUUCUACCGUCUGUUCUAGAAGAGGAUGGAGUGCUCGACGACCCGCAGGAAAAGCGAGCGCGGAAGCAUGAUCUUCAUGUCGCGAUGGAUUUACGAGCUGAGGCACGGAAGGCACGGAAGCGAGAAAAGCAGCGGAGUAAGGAGAUUGGACUGUUGCUGGAGCUGAAGAUGUGUGAGGGAGGAUUUUCGAUGUUGGGCUUUGGAGAUGGACCGGGGGAUGCGAAGCAUCUGGUGGCGAGUAUGGUGAUGAAGAGGAGGGAUACUUCUCGGCCUCUGGCGAAUCGCAAGGCUGCGUCAUCUGUGCGAUCAAGCUCGAAGACUUCACUGUCGCGUUCCGUAUCGCAUGAAGACUUGUCUGAAGCAUUGAUGGACAUUGAGUAAAUGUUACUCUCAUUCCUCGUUCUUGUCCUUCGUAAGUGUUCUAUUGCCACUGAUUUGUAUCAUUUCUGACUGACGUGUAUGUAGGCCGGAGUCAACUGUACAAUAAUCAGAAUCACCCAUGCAAGCAUCCUUGUAGCAUUUAGUGUCACAUUAGUCUACACAAUUGUCCAUACCCUGCUUCAUGAUAUCGGAGAUCCUUCACAUCUCGCCUUUCUCUUGCAUUUCUGCUUCAUUUUCCGAAUGGUUCCUCCCUUCAGGCUUGUCCACCCCCAAGUCCCCGCUUCUUCCUGCUACGUUCAAAAGUCCUUUCCAUGACGUCUGUUUGAACACUUCACCUCUCCUACACUGCAUGAUUUAUAAUUGCUCCGAGUUCCCAUUUAACAUCUUAUAUCUCUCAUCCAUGCUCCCGUCCGUGUUCGCUUGCUUUGCUUGACUUUUAUCCCGUACUCGGAUUCAUUCACACUGAGUCCGCUACAGUACUUGUAAUAUACAUUCCUCGACAAUUAUUGUCAUACAACAGGGUAUCAUGAGUAGAGGGAUA